UUGCACUCCUAUCCAUCGCCAAGUCGACGCCCGUGUCCACAGCUACCCAUGAUGCGUAUUGCUUGUCUGCCGAUCAUGGGAUAUAAGGCGCAGCCGUGAACUAUGUCCUCUGGCAUCCAACAACAACAUCCAGUCCACCAUGAUCGCCACCUCAGUUGCAGCUCUCCUCGUCGCAGCGGCCGGUGCUGCUGCCAACCCAGUCGACCUCGACCCUCGCCAAGUCGGUAGCCAGGUGUCGACAGGCAACAACCUCUGCCUCGAUCUCCGUGGUGGCAACACUGCCGACGGAACCGCCGCCCAGCUCUGGGACUGCAGCCAGAGCCGCUUCUCGCACUGGUCCUUUGCCAACAUUGGCAACAUUGUGUCUCGCGAUGCUGGCGGUGGCAACCUCUGCCUCGACGCUGGAAGGAACCCCGGCGACGGCACCACGGUCCACGUCGCCCAGUGUGAGAAGAACCCUCCGGUGAUGGGACAGUUCUGGACCUACAUCUACGGCCGUGUCAAGAUCCGCGGCACCAACCUCUGCCUCGAUGUCAAGGACGGCAACUUCGUCAACGGCGCUCAGCUCCAGGUUUGGUGGUGCGACCUCGACAGCCCCAACCAGGCUUGGAACUUCAACUAGGAUCGAAGCAAAGUCAUGAACUUGACGAGUCAACGACUGUAACUCUUACGUGUAUGUAAUGCCCGCAACGAGCUGUGAGAUAGACAUGGUUGUAGUCAAACUUCCAUGUACUGAGUCCACAUGA